GAUCUUGCAAUCAUUUCUUGACGUGUAUUGUUUACGAAAUUAAAUUUGAUCUUGUUGAGCUCAUCGGAGGAACCAAGAAUUUACGUUUUACAUUUCUUUUUUCCGAUGAAGCUGCUCCUGAUUUAUCCGUUAUUGAGGUGAGACUGCAAGUUAGUUUUCAUCAGCUCAAGAUGUCUGCCAUCGCAAACCGCUUUGGAUCUUGGAUUGUGACGGCUCUGAUUGUUUUCUGCCCUUUGUAUGUGAAAGGCGAUAUUGCUCCAGACAUCAUUAACAGCUACCCAGAUGAGACUUUGAUGUAUGACGAUCCUAUGGAUCAUCAACGAGCAAAACGUUCUGAUGGACAGGAAGACGACGACAGAGCAGGUGACGAUGAUGAUGAACUUGCAGAUGAGGGAUUCGACGAUGAACAUGAAGACGAUGAAGACAAUGAUGGGAACUUGAGGACCAGUGUGAAAAGCUCUUACUCUUCGGGUAUUCACAAGAAAAAUGAGAUUGAUCAGAAGAAUGCGAUAUCAGAAGAGCAGCAGCCCGAGAGCAUUGAUGAUGACGAUGACGACGAAAGCGGUGCGGAUGAAGUAGGUUCAUCUGAAGGUUCUUCUGAUGACAGUGAGCGGAAUGCUGACGGAAGUGGAAGUGCUGAAGAUGGAAAUCAAAGUUCUUAUGCAAGCUGACAACACGUUUCUGGUGAAGAUUUUGAUGACGAUGCAUCAGCAGAAAAAGAUGAAAUCGAAGGAAGCGGGGACAUAAAGGGAGAA